AUGUCCGCCGUCGCCGUCGAGGGGACAAGCGAGUCGGCCCCCACCGUUGCGGGCAUCUUCUCGCUGCUCAUCGAUGCGCGCCUCAACGCCGGCUUGCCGCCGCUCGGGCCGCUCGGGCCGCGCAUCUACGAGGUGGCGCGGGCCUUUCCCGGCGAGGCGUUCGACGACGUCGCGACGGGCAACACAAAGACGUCCUGCGCGACGGGCUUCCCCGCAACCAAGGGGUGGGACCCGGCGACCGGCUGGGGGCGGCCCCGCUGGCCGGGGCUGCUCGAGCACUUUGGCUCCGACGAGUCGAUCCGGGGGCGAGCGGCGGUACGGUCGAGGUGA